UGUAUAUAUAAUAUAAAUGUAUUUGGUAUGCGUUUGAUGCGCUGUGUAUGACAUUUAAGAAACAGCUAAAAGAUUAUAUCUUUAUUGUAACUGAAAAUAAUUAUCACAAUUACUAAAUUAUAGACUAGAGUUUAUAUAUUUAAAAGUCCCGCCCCAAGCAUCUUGGAAAUGUGGGACGGCGUACCACAGGUUGGUGGGGGCCAUAUGGCUCACAGCCAGUGUUAUAAGAACAGGACACAGCACUGAUGUGCACUGAGAAGAAAUUUCAACUGAAGCUGCACCGCUAUACACACUUGAAGUUAUAAUGAGACAGACAAUGCAGAACAUCAACAGCAAAAACGCUUUCAUGGUUAGAAACAGACCUUCUUCUUCUGAUGAUGAUGAUGAGGCUUUGCCAAGUUAUCAAACCUCUCAAAUAAUCACAAAUACAGAGAAUUUCGAUUUGUCUGUUGAUAGUCCCUUUGGCUUAGACUUCAGCGCUAUACCGGAUUUUAAUAAUAUUUUGGAAUUGGCGCCAGAUUAUGCCACAAAAAUGGAUGAUGCGACGGCUGAUGGUAUUCUACGGGAUAUAUUGAACAAACCUGAUUAUUGUCACAACACCACUAUACAGAACAGCAAUGUUGUUGAUGAGCAACCGUUUUUCCCACACGCGACAGGGGGUCGUGCUAAAACAUUCGAAUAUAAAGCAGAUGACGCUGUAGCAAUGCGAUAUGCGCCGACGAUACCAACAGGCAGUGAUACAGUAGCGCAAAUACACCGUCUUAGUACAAGCGGGAAAAUAUCAAAACGCACAACCGCCGCUGAAACGGAAAGCCAUCAAUUCGCAGCAGCAGAUGACGCUGUAGCAAGACGCUAUGCUCCUUUGAUACCAACAGUCAGUGAUACAUGCGCGCAGAUACACAGGCCUAGUACAAGCGGGAAAAUAUCAAAACGCACAACCGCCGCUGAAGCGGAGAACCAUCAAUUCGUAACGCCGGCAAUUGUACAUAAGGGCGUUGCUAGGUCAUCAGUUAUGGCUGUGCAUAACGGCUGUAUCGUCCCGAACAAACGAAAGCCAGCUCGACCAAGAACGAAUGAGAGAAGUCAUAAUUCAACAUUUACAGAUCUGAAAAGAAAAUUGUCAUAUUCCGAAAAUGAUAAGCCGCAACGGAGAAGGAUCGCGUUACAAACUGUAUCAUGCGUAAGUAAUGAUGUUGCUGUAACAUCAAAACACACAGCGUUUAACACUGCAGACCGGGAUGUCGCUGGUAAUACAAAGACUGUAAAGGUUAAGAGGGCAUCGCGUCUCUCAAGAAGUAAUGUUAAGCAAUUGUCGCAAUCCGCUGUAAUCACAAUUCCAGAUACACAGGUUUGUUCUGAAACAGAAACAAGGCACAUAGCAGGCAUUGGUUUGUUAUCAAAUAUUGACUCAAGAAGUAAUGUUAAGCAAAUGUCGCAAGCCGAUGUCAUUACUAUUACCGAUACACAGGAUUGCUCUGAAACAGAAACAAGACACAUAGCUGGUAAUCCUGUGAUAUCAGAUAUUGAUGACAUAAAUGGGCAAGAGCUUAUUACAAACUGUGUAGAGUCAACGACACAAGAUCCGCAGAAUAGUUCUGAUGAAGUAUUAUCAGCCGUUGCAGGAAUACCUGGUGAUACUACAACGGUUGAUUGUGUAACAUCAAUUCCCAAUAUUUUUACAACGACAGCCCUGGUACACGCAUCGGCUGAUGCUUGUGUACCGGUGCGAGGGCUAGCGCCCGACAUAGUUGAUGAAUGUCAAAAUUCAGAACAAUUAGGCCAAGACGCUGAAAUACAAUUUUACGCGUUGUUGGGUAAGAUACGGGAAGAUGUUGAGAACAUGGGCGUAAAAGCCGGAUACUUGUUAAAACACAUUAAAGGUGUGUGCCACGGUAGUAAAUGUAAACAAGACAUUGUUAAAGAAGUUGUUGAGACGUAUAUGAAUGUCAUGUCAAAAUACAUAGAUCGGUCGGUUAAGACAACUGAAUUUAUUAAAGCCAACAUACAUCAUUUUGCAGAAAUAAAUGAAACUGAUCCGUGACUAGGCAUGCUAGGCAAUGGUUUGAAACGUGUUUUAAAUUUAAAUGCCUGUAAAAAAAAAAAAAAACCACGAAUUAAACCUUGUUUAACAUACAGGAUCUCACAGUUAUUCCGACGCGCAAAGGUGAAACAGGCUGUAACAACAUUAACCAGAUUGAGAAAGCGCAAGCGGCACAGGGAACAUGUGGUAGGCGGGACGCAGAGUGCAAUGUAUGUAGAUAUAGAUCAAUCGCCACCCCAAGCAUUACCGAAUGACGAAUCACAGGCUGACAAUAUUGAGCGCAAUGCAAGCCCCAUAUAUGAUGAUGCAGACAGUGUUGAGUCACCCGGUAAUGACGAAGGUCGGCAACAUGUAUACUUAGAGGCAAUUAACAGUUAUGAACGACAACGACCGCAUUUCAGAGCCGUUGAGUACCACAGGCACUAUCGGUUUGUUAAUUUGGACAGGGUUACAUCAUUUGUAGAGGGGGUUCGAGCCAUUCAUACGGCUAUACAGGCCAUGCUCGAUGGUGUCCUUGCGGGCGUGGAUCCGGCCGACCGCGUUCAGCUUAGAUUGGAGGGGGGUGGGUUACACAAUGCCAUCUAUUCGCAUCGUAAGCCGCAAGAAACAUUAGACGCGGCCAGUUUUUUGAAUCAGAUUACAAACACGCUUCAAAGUAACGCUGAAUUCUUAUUAUCCACAGGCUUAAGAUUUGUGAUCAGUAUUUUUAGAAACAGAUCAGGGUCUGGCUUGACUGGGCGUAGUUUACAACGCCUGCCCCAAAGUUUAAUAAUAAAUAAAAGAAAGAGAUAUCUCUAUGACUUCAGACGCAUAGGUAAUAACCUGUGUUUGGCCGCUAGCGUCUGUAAACUUCUGGAUAAAGGUAACAAUGCCGAUGAUCAUGUAAUACAGGAGAGAGCGAUCCAACUACAUAAAGCUUUGAAUCUGCCGCUUGAUAAA